CAGCAAAAUGAUGGUGCACGCUACAAUUAAUCAAGGGCAUAGCUGAAUAACCAGUUUGGCCAGAUUACUUGUAAAUGGUUCCCACAAUCUGUUUUGAUAGCUGCGUGAUAUUUCCAUGUUAAUUAUUGUUUAGUAUAUUGCGCAUAUUUAUGUACAAGCUCCGGAGAAGACACUAUUGUCACUUAAUUCAUGUAAGCGCAGUGCCUGGGCCAGUUGUGUAUUUCGUGAAAAAUUGCGAAUACAACAGAUCUCAUAAUCUAGAUACAUUUUUAUCCAUUCUAGCGUCAUAAUUGCAUAAAUAAGUCAAUAAAAUAAACGAGAAAAUGUGGAAACGAUUAGGGUUUGGAACCAUCCUAAUUUUUGGGAGUAUUUGUCAACUAGCUACUUCCCAAAAUUUAGAUUUUAUCAGUCGUGAAGGACAAGCUGUGGCAGAAGCGACAAAAAACUUCCCUUCUAAAAUAUAUAGCGCCACAAAUGAAGAAUCCGGAGGAAACUUUGUCAUUUCACCAAUCAGUAUUGGAAGCGUUUUAAGCAUGCUUCGAGAAGGUGCAAACGGUGCAACAAGGAAAGAGUUAAAUGAGGCCAUGGAAUUUCAAUCUCUGAGUGAAAACGCCAUUUCAAACGGAUAUCACGAUAUUCUCUACUCUCUCCAUGAGAACAAAGGUUCCAUUGUUCGAAUUGCCAACAGGAUUUACAUCACCAAUUCAGGAAAUAUUAAACCAGCAUUUACCGAUAUUCUUCAAUCAAAAUAUUUGACAAAAGUCUUGCCAACUAAUUUCUUGAGAAAUCAAGAGGUUUCUGACGAUAUCAAUAGAUGGGUGGACGAAACAACGAAUGGGAAAAUUACCAAUUUAAUUUCCUCAGAUGACAUUGACUCAAAUACAAAAGCCAUUGUUGCAAAUGCUAUUUACUUUAAAGGAAAAUGGAUUAAUCAGUUUAAUAUUAGAGGGACUCGGAACCAAUUAUUUUAUUCCGAUGAUGGCAAUUCGACAGAGGCUUCGUUCAUGGAACAAGAAGAUGUCUUCCCACAUGUGGAUUUGCCUGAAUUAACUGCAAGUGCUAUUGCCAUGCCGUAUGAAGGAGACAGAUUCAACCUUAUCGUCAUUCUACCUCACGAUGGCGUCAAACUAGCAGAAGUUGAAGAAAAGUUGCAGCCUAGCAGCUUUACGGACAUUCCUCCGAAAAUGUCAAAGAAGAGCAUUCAAAUUGUUUUCCCAAAGUUCAAAAUGGAGAGUCAAGUAGAUUUUACAAAGUUGGGAAUACUUCGAAAACUUGGCCUUGCCGAUGCCAUAACUCCUGGAAAAGCAGACUUUUCCCUAAUUACAACUGAACAAAGGAUUCAUAUCGACACCGUGAUACAAAAGUGCUAUAUCGAUAUUACAGAGCAGGGGACAGAAGCAGCCGGGGCUACUUAUGCUAAAAUUGUGCCAUUCAGUUUUAGAAGAAGUAUUCCUUUCAAAGUCACGAAGCCCUUCAUCGCUUACAUUUAUGACAGCGUUACCAAAACUAUUCUGUUCACUAUGAGAAAAUCGACAAUAUAAUUGUGAUGCAUUUUAAUAGCGUAAUAAAUGAUGAAAAAUUAUAAAAGUUAAACUCUGA